AUGGAGAGCGGCGGGGCGCUGAACGGCUCCGCCGCCGCCGAGCGCUUCGCCGCCGGCGGCACCGCGGCGCUGGGCGCGCUAAUGGCCCUGCUGAUCGCCGUCACCGUGGCCGGCAAUGCCCUGGUCAUGCUGGCCUUCGUGGUGGACUCCAGCCUGCGCACCCCGAACAACUUCUUCCUGCUCAACCUGGCCAUCUCGGAUUUCCUAGUAGGUGCCUUCUGCAUUCCCUUGUACGUGCCCUAUGUGCUGACAGGGAGAUGGAUCUUCGGCAGAAGCCUCUGCAAACUCUGGCUGGUAGUUGAUUACCUGCUCUGCACCUCUUCGGUCUUCAACAUCGUACUGAUUAGCUAUGACAGAUUUCUCUCUGUGACAAGAGCGGUUGCCUACAGAGCCCAGCAAGGAAAUACCAAGCAAGCAGUGCUGAAGAUGGUGAUGGUUUGGGUAUUAGCAUUCCUGCUCUAUGGACCUGCCAUUAUCAGCUGGGAGUAUAUAUCAGGCCAGAGUAUCAUACCCACUGGGGAAUGCUAUGCUGAAUUUUUCUACAACUGGUAUUUUCUCAUGACAGCCUCUACACUGGAGUUUUUCACCCCUUUCAUCAGUGUAAUGUUUUUCAACCUGAGCAUUUACCUGAACAUACAGAAGCGUACCAAAAUACGCCUGGAUAUUUUCCACAAAGUACACAACCAGUCCUUCACUGAAGAGAUGGAAAUGAGCCCAGAAGAAAAGCUUUCUUUGAAAUGCCGUAAGUGCGAGCAGAAGGAGCCAGAUGAAACCCUCAACCUCUCUAAGUGCAAAGCACAACACGCAGCCUCUACUGCCAGCGUGAGUGCAAAAGAUGCACUGACAAGCCCAGAUUGCUCUGGAAAACCAAAGUAUUACAACAAAAAGAGCUGUAAAAACUCAGCAUCUACUCUGUCCUUAGAAAAACGAAUGAAGAUAGUCUCCCAGAGCAUGACUCAACACUUUAGGCUCUCUAGAGACAAGAAAGUGGCCAAAUCGCUCGCAAUAAUUGUGGGCAUUUUUGGGAUUUGCUGGGCACCAUACACUCUCCUCAUGAUCAUCCGUGCUGGCUGCCAUGGCCACUGCAUCUCUGAUUACUGGUAUGAGACUUCCUUUUGGCUGUUGUGGAUCAACUCUGCUGUUAACCCUGCCCUAUACCCUCUCUGUCACUACAGUUUCAGAAGAGCUUUUAUUAAACUCCUCUGUCCGAAGAAGCUAAAGAUUCAACCUCACAAUCCCCUUCAGAACUGCUGGAAGUGA